AGAAGCACGUGGGGCCGGAGCCCGUGUACCCAUUUGACUUCGCCUACACGGAGGAGAAUGGCUCGGUCCUCCAGGUGGGCCGCAACAUCACGAGGAUGAAGCUGCUGGUCCGGAAGUUUCUGCAGACUCAGGACGACAGCCUCAGUACGGAGCCUUCUGUGAGAAGUUCGGCAACGGGGAUAGUGGCAUGGGGCGCAUCCCAGACUGGACCCCCCAGACCUACGACCCUCAGGAUGUCCUGGUGCCCUACUUCGUGCCUGACACACCAGCAGCCCGGGCCGACCUGGCCGCCCAGUACACCACCAUCGGCCGCAUGGACCAAGGGGUGGGGCUUGUGCUGCAGGAGCUGCGAGAGGCUGGCGUCCUGAAUGACACCCUGGUCGUGUUCACCUCCGACAAUGGCAUCCCCUUCCCCAGCGGCAGGACCAACCUGUACUGGCCGGGCACCGCUGAGCCCUUGCUGCUGUCGUCCCCCGAGCACCCGCAGCGCUGGGGGCAGGCCAGCGAGGCCUACGUGAGCCUCCUAGACCUCACGCCCACCCUCUUGGACUGGUUCUCCGUGCCCUACCCCAGCUACGCCAUCUUUGGCUCCAAGACCGUCCAGCUCACGGGCCGCUCCCUCCUGCCAGCGCUGCAGGCCGAGCCCCCUUGGGACACCGUCUUUGGCAGCCAGAGCCACCACGAGGUCACCAUGGCCUACCCGAUGCGCUCCGUAUUCCACCGGGGCCUGCGUCUGGUGCACAACCUGGCCUUCAAGAUGCCCUUCCCCAUUGACCAGGACCUGUACGUCUCGCCCACGUUCCAGGACCUGCUGAACCGUACCGUGGCCGGUCAGCCCACGUGCUGGUACUCGGACCUCCACCACUACUACUACCGGGACCGCUGGGAGCUGUAUGACCACAGCCGGGACCCCCACGAGACCGCCAACCGCGCCAGCGACCCGCAGUUUGCCCAGGUCCUAGACCUGCUCAAGGCCCAGCUGGCCAAGUGGCAGUGGGAGACGCACGACCCCUGGGUGUGCUCCCCCGAUGGCGUGCUGGAGGACAAGCUCUCGCCCCCGUGCCGCCCGCUACACAAUGAGCUGUGACGAGCCGCCUCUUCCUCUCCCAUGAUUGACAGAACAUGGGGGAGACCACUCCAUGUCAGGGCACCUCUGUCCCCACAGGAAAGGCCUGUCGGGG